GACUUCUACCCCCACUCCCUCCCUCCCUCCCCCGCCUCCCCACCCGGCUCCGGCUCCGACUCCAACUCCCGCCCCCGCCCCCAGAGGACCGCGGAGCCGCCGCCCCGCACGAGGACCGCCCCUUCACCGCCCGCGGCCGCGACGGAGGGGGCAUUGCCGGCGGUGCUUCUGUGUGAUUUAGGUCGGCUGCUCGGUAUCUGCUCGUGCCCGGCGACGGCGCGAUGUUCUACUCCAAGACGAUGCUGUCCAAGAAGGGCCCGCUGGGCGCGGUGUGGGUGGCCGGCGUCUGCGGCGUCGCCGCGCUCACCAGGGACCAGGUCCUGCGCACCGACGUCGCCUCCUCCGUUGACAAGAUUUUACCCGACGUUGAAACCACCUACAGAAUACUUGGGUUGCUUCUGCUUGGCGUUGUUAGGAUUUACUGCAAGAAGGUGGAAUACCUCUGCUAUGACAGCAAUCAGUUUUUUGAAUCUACUGUAAGAGGGAAGAAAGUUCUAAAGCGAGGGAAGAAAGGUGUUUGUGCAAGAAGAUUGGUGCUAGACCAAGAAGACACUAGAAGAGCGAAAAGAGUUGCUGUAGUUCAAGUCCCAGAAUUGGACGAACCAGCUGAUCUUCCACCAAUCUUCACCGUACCCAAAAGAUUUGAGCUCGACUCUUUUGAUUUGCAGAUACCUGAAGACAGAGAGGAUGACAAUGAUGAUCAUCACCAAUUGCCUCGUCAAGAUACUUUGUUGGAAGAUGAACAUCAGCGUAUGCCAAAUUUGUACGAGGGGAUGCCAUAUGCUGAUCUGGACUCUGCUUACGUUGUGCCAGUAUGCAUCAUCCCAACUGAAAUGAUCAGUGUCACUGAUGAAGUCACCGAUCUUCUGUACUUGAGUAACAUAGGGGAUGAACUUGAAAAUGAAAGUCAGAAUCCUGAUCCUGCUUGCUUUACACCAGUGAAGGAUGUUCUUCCACCUGAGGCGAUGGAUAUGAUGGCUGAAGCAAGUGACCUUCCAGAGAAAAGCAAAGAGGUGAAGAAAGCUAGAAGAGAAGUGAAUGGUGAUCCUGCUUGUUCUACCCCUUUGCCGGAGAAUCAAGAAAUGCAAAGACCUGUGAAUGCUGUGGAGAAUGUGGUGUGUGCAGAUCUUGAUGAAAAUCAUCCUGUAGUCGAAGAAUCAGAAAAUGGGUUAGCGGUAGGAAAACCGAACACAGCACUAUCUGUAGAAAUUCCUGACAUCGAGGAACAAGAGUCUCUGGAACCUUCCACUCCAGAGCCCUUGCGAGAGGGAGCCUCAGAAAAAUUUGUGGUUGCAACACCUGCUCAAAAUGAGAAGCGCCAGGUUACCAGAAAAAGGAGGAGGGGGUUACACAAUAAGAGAAAAGUUUGGGUGCUGUGGGAUGAGAAUGUUAUCCUUGAUAAUGACACGAUGAGAGAAAUGGUAGAUGGGGUUGGUGUAGAGGAUCUUGUCGUCAAAAGAAGGAAGGCGCCUCACACUCGCCAUCAGAUUUGGAGGGAGCCAAGAUUCCGUUCUCUGCAGGAUACUUUCAUGGAGCCAAUUAUUCAAUGUGGCGCUUUCCUGGAGCCAAUUAUUCAAUAUUCGACUACAGUGCGCCUUAAUUCUACUACAGCUGAUGCCUCAUGUGGGGAAUCCGUUAAAGCAAAGAAGUGUCUUUCAUAUGAACCUGCUGAAUCCAACAAUCCCCACAAGGAAGCUGCAAAUGAAGAAACAGAAUGUGUCCCAGAUGAACUGACAAAUGGCAUCCAGACUCCUGUUGGGUGCUACAAUCAAAGUCAGCAAAGUCAAGAUGUUUGUGAAUGCAAUGAUGAAACACCCUAUGAAAAGAACAACACACUAGUCAAUGGAGAUGAAUCAGUGCUGCCAGAAGAGAGAUUGUAUGAAUCAACCAGUCACAGUGCAUUGCGCAAUGAAUCAUUGACUGCUGAUAUAGAUGCGGAUAUUCCUAUGGAUGAAGAGCAUGCUGCCAGAGAUGAAGAUUUCCCGCUUUCAACAAGAACUAGGGCAGUAGCAAAGUGCCUCCAUCAGCUAUUCUUGGACCAGAAGUCCCAGGAGCAAAGUAAUGUCCCUGUGACGCUCGGCCAAGCCCUUGAAGGCAGCAAGAGGAAAACCACAGCAAGAUUCUUCUAUGAAACUCUGAUCCUAAAGAGCCGCGGGUUGAUAGACGUGAAUCAGGAGAAGCCCUAUGAGAACAUCACAAUCUCUGCAACUCCACAACUCAACGCGAUGCUGCAGAAUCCAGUGCCCCCUUCAACUUCUUAGCAGCAGCAUGUCAGGGUAGGUGGGUAGUUUUAGGAGAAGAGGACUCAAGUUUCAGCUUUUUGCUAUAUCCCGUAGCAUCAUCUCGAGGAUAUGUACUGGUGACAGGCCAGUUGUAUAUAUGGAUCGUUCGUUCGUAUGGGUCAGGAUUACAUAGAGAGAGCUUUAGGAUCUUGCUCGGUUAAGUUAACGGCAGGCCUAGUUUCUUGCUGGUCGCAUGCGGGAUGUAAGUUAGCUGAGGAGGGGGUUUAUUCAGAUUGCAGUUUCUUGCCGGUUGCAUAUUGAAUGCUGAUGGCAUCUGCCAAUGAGUAAAAUAGCAGGCAAAACACUCUGCCUGGUUUGAUUGA